AUGGCGGCGGCAGGUCCUGCCAUGGAGUCGCCGUGCCGCGUUGGGCUCGCGCUAAACCACCUCGCCCAGGACGCAGAUAUAUCGCCCCUUUCUCUGAGGAGCGACUCGGUCGUGCGGGAGACGAGGCCAGCGGCCCAGAGAAGCCGCUUCCAGGCUACUGUUGAUGACGACGACUCGGACGAAGAGACGGUCGUCGCAUCUCCAGCCCGCAACAAGGUUGCCGUCGCAGACUCGUCGUCGUUGUCGUCGAGGACGUGUGCGCACAAGCCCAAUCGCGACUCGCUUCCUCCAUCUUCAUCUCCAUAUCCACGCGCAACUACACCAAACACAAAGCCACUCGCCCCGUCCUCUACAACGCCCUAUCUGACCCCCCAUCCCAAUACGACACUUACACCCCCCUCGUCCGCCGAAUCAAGCCCCAAGCAACGGCCUACCGUGCAUUUUUCCACCAGACCCCCCGUCGUGCUGCACCACAGGUCAAAUAGCUAUGCUGCAGACACGGAGCCUUCCUCGCCGCGAUAUACCUCGUCGCCACGGGGAGACGCCCGCCCACCUCACAUUCACUUGUCCGUCGUUGACAGGCAAUGGGGUCAGCUGUUUACAGAACACGGCGAGCCAACCAGGAGAUUGGGUUCUGUGCUACGCGGGCUGGCAAACUACAUGGUCCGAGAAUACGAACCGCGCAACUCGCUCGUCAUCCCCCCCGUCAAGAUGUUUGCCUUUUACAGGAGAUACAAGCUUGACAAGGAACAAUUCCCCUUGCAAGAAAUAUUCGACUACCAGUCCCGUCACUGCCUCCGCAGCCUGGAACGCCUCUACCAAGACCUCUCGUGCGAAUACCACCUCGUCCAAGACCACCACCACUCCGCGCGUCCCUUCAUCCCGGCUCUCACGCCCGCCGGCCUGCAAACCUGGCUGACGGCCUUCAUUCAAGCCUCGCCGGACUGCGAAUCUCGCCGCCUCCAAGCCAUCCUCACGGACGUUCCCCUCGAGGCAGACCACCAGGGCACAGCCCCGGCAGAGCGCCUCCCCAAACAGCUAUCCCGCCACCUCUUCCCCGCCUACAGAAGCGACCGCGCAUACAGAGACAUUGCCUGCGCUCUAGACGACUGGAUCAAGUCCAUGGAGGGUUCGUGCGAGCCCCCCUCCCCCUCGUGGAGCAACCUCCUCUUCGAAGCAUUCCGCGGCACCUCGUCACACAGGAGCUCCAGCCCGACAAGCGCAGGACGUCGAGAGAGGUCCUCCCACACAGACGACCACAAGCGGUACACCAGCCGCAAAUCGCCGUCAGAGCCCGUCACCAUAUCCCCCGCAAACACGGCUCGCCGCCGACAAAAACCCGCCCCCGUCGUCGGUCGCUCUCCCCAGGAGUUUAAGUACCGCUACUCGGGCCCCUCAUGCUCAUCCUCGCAGCACGACGAGAUGUACAUGCCCGAGCUGCGGUACUUCCCCAGCUCGCGCAGCGAGCCCCCCAGACGCAGGUACUCGGAGCCGUCGCCCGAGCGCAUCAAACACGGCGGCGGCGGCGGACACACGAGCCGGCGGCGCGACCGGAGCCCCAAGGCCGCGCGUGCCGCAUCCAUCGACAGCGCAAGGAGGCACGGGCACCCCCCGCGGAGCUACUCGGGCUCUUGCUAUCCCAGGGCGCCAGGGGACGUGGACAGCAUCCGCACGAUGCCGGAUCCGCGUCCCCGGACCCCCGACGCAUCAUCCGGCAGAGCAGACAGUUACCGCUUCUUCCAGGGGCGACAACUGGGCCCCACCUACGAGGAGUUUCAACGAGAAAAAGCGAGAGGAUGA